AUGGGCAAGCGAAAGAAGGCGGCCAAGGCCCCGACGAAGAAGAAGAACGAACCCCUGGCAACCACAUUCCCGUGUCUCUUCUGCAAUCAUGAGAAGUCCGUGACCGCGAAGAUCGACAAGAAGGCCGGAGUCGGCCACCUGUCGUGCAAAGUGUGCGAUCAGUCGUUUUCAUGCAGCAUCAACUACCUUUCGCUGCCGGUUGACGUGUACUCCGAGUGGGUUGACGCGUGCGACACCGUUGCGCAGGAGAACAAGGAAGCCAACGCGAGCCGUCCGAGGAAUUUCGUGCCCCCAGGCCGAGCCGGAGAACCAGAGAGAGUUGAUGAUGACCUGGAUGACGAGGAUGCUGAUCGCCACAAUGGAUACGGAGGAGAGGGCAUUGUCGAUGACGACGAGGACGACUAUUAA